GGACGCUUGCGAGUGGGCGCUUUGCGAGUAACUAGAACGCGCUCGGAAACCUAAGAAAGAACAUGCUCAGCCAUAGAUUUCCGUCACCGCUCCGAUGACGACCCAGGUCACCCUCUCUCCAAAUGCCUCGGAGGAGGACGACGAGGAGGCGGCGGCCUCGGGCGGUGCGCUGGCGCUGCCUGCGAGCGGCACCUCGCGGAGCUCCGCGGGGCUCCCCAGGGAGUGCUGGCGCCGGAUCUUCCUCAGCUCCCUGCGGCAGUCCUGCGGGGCUUCGGAGGCGGGCCUCGUGCACCACGCCAGCGCGCCCUCCUCGGGGAUGGACAGCAUCGACUUCGUGCCCGCAACUGGAUACGUAGCGGGCUGUCCUUCUCCGGCUCCACCGCAACGCAGAAGGACGACGCAGAGGUGCAGUCCUCUGCCGACACGGGGAACGACCGCCGGCGCUUGUAGCAAGCGCCCUGCGCAGCGGUCCUACCUGCCGUCGCGCGCGGCAGAGUCGGCCGCCCCGGGGCCCCCGGGGCCGCGUCCGUGGGCACAUCGUCCGCGCAAGCCGUGAUGUCGUGGAACGCCAUCUCUGCUGGCAAGCGCCAGCGUCCCAUGAUGUUGCCCAUGCCUGGAACCCAGUUUCGUGCACGCGAGCUCAUCAGGGCCAAAACAGUUUGAGCU